GGCUCUGUUUCACCGACUCUCCCUCAGUAGGAUUUCCCCAACUUGCGACGUGAGGAAGCCUGAGAAACUCAUUUCGAAAGCUUCUGUAAUCGCCUUCUAAGAUUGAAAUCCGUGAUUCUUCCUCACUGCCGACCCCACCGCCACCCUCUCUCCCCUAGAUUAUAACCACAGUCCCACCAACGCGUCCCCAUCUCUCUUCUCCCAAUCCCUUACAUCCCCGGAGGAGGACCGAAAACUGGAGGAGACAAUGACAGAACCUGAGAAGCCAAGGCUCCGCGCUGCAAAGAUGUGAAAAUAAAAUAAUUUAAUCUUAACAAAAAUGCUUCUAAGCCAGUGGACUUUAUUUAUUGGAUUACUAUUUUUCUUUCCCCAGGAGUCCAUCUGCCUUAGCUCUUCAUGCACUUCAUUGGAAAUGCCAGUGAAGAAUGACAUUUUAACGAUGACGUCUCAUAAUUUUCAGCACAUUUUGUCUUGGAAAUUAAGCAGCAAUGCCAUUAUACCAACUCAUUAUACUGUGUCUUACACAAUUAUGAGUGCUUACAAAGAAUGGAAGGCUGUUGAAAAGUGCACAAAUAUCACAAAAUCAUCAUGUAACAUGACAGAUAUUUAUGAAACCAAUGAAACCUACUUGACCAGUGUAACAGGCUUCAAUUCAAAGAAAAAAUUAUUUGAAUGUGUGUUUGAAUUCUUACCCAUAACUGACACAAUUUUAGAUCCACCAGAAGUUAGCAUUUUUUAUUUUGAAGAUGCAAUCAAUGUCACUGUGCAUUUUCCAGAAUCCUUAUCUAUAAUAAAGAAUAAAGAAAAAGAACUUUUUUCAUCAGUAGUCAUUAAAGUGAAAUCGCAUGACAUGUCAGAACAAGAAUUAAACAUUGAAAUGGAUGACAGAGAAAAUGUAACUAUCGUAAUUGACUCUCUGAUGCCAAAUUCAAAUUACUGUAUAUCUGCUCACUGGGAGACAUUUUCCAAUAACGUACCACACUCUCCCUUAAAAUGUUUCAUCCUUUCUCCUAACCAAGAAUCAGAGUCAGAAGAAAUCAUUGCAAUGCCAUUAAUAUUUGCUACAUGUUUUAUCAUCUUCCCAAUAAUAAUUUCUGUGAUAUUCCUAAAAAAAACAGAAUAUAUAUGCAAGAAAAAAAAACAUUUUCCCAAAGCACUGGAUUUCCCAUCUAUCAUACCUGGUCCACUUCAAUUGCCUUAUGAGAAGGUUACAAGGGCAGACGUCAUUGAAAAGACAAAGAAGAAAAAAAUGUUUAAUGAGAGUGAUGACAAAAGUGACAGUGAUAAUGAAUCAACUCAGAAAAUAGAAAAUAACUAUACCAUGAAUGGCUUUAGCCCUAGAUCCCUAAGUCAGAACUCCAAAUUCACCUGGAAAGAAUAUAAUUCCAAUGAUUCUGACCCAGAUGAAACUGAAAGUCCAGAGUUUGAUCCUCCUGCGACUGACACAGAUAGUGCCACAUCAUAUCAAGUAAAAUCUGGCCCAGAUGAAAGUAGAAUAUGCCGUAUCUGGAGCAAUCUUUCUGAAGAUAGUAACUUUUCUUCUAGAUCAGAAGACUGUUUUAAUUUUAAUGUGAAUUUAAGUACUGUAUUUGUGGGAGACCCUGGAAAUGAUACAACAUCUGAAGAAGAUGCUGCUCAAAUAUUAUUGCCUGUGCAAGAAGAAAAAAUCAAUUUAGUGAAUUCAGAUGAAAUUGAAUUGAAACAUAUAACUCAUGCUACAUGUGUAAAAACACCACUUUUCCAUGUCCCAUCUAAAGAUCUCUGGUCUGAAAAUGCUUCCUCUGAUGAAAGUGUUACUUCAGAGUCAGAAGUGGACUUAGGAAAUGAUUAUAUAAGAAGAUAACUCCUAAUAAGUUAAACUCAUAGACAUCAUGAAUAUAAGAUGAUAUCUUAUUGUUUGUGUGUGGUUUUGUGUGUGUGUAUGUGUGUGUCUGUGUCUUUCUCUAUGUCUCUCCUCUCUGUCACUAGUUAUAUGUGGUCCCAAAGACUCAAGGGAAAAUUAAGGAGAUCAGACAAUGUAUACAACUCUCAUUGUAAAAGUCAAAUAUGUAAACUAUAUGUAUAGGGUGAUGUGAAGCAAAUUUUUUAUGUGUAACACUGUAUAACAUAUAUAUAUAUAACACAUAUACAACAUUGUUAUACAUAUGUGUAGCAUUUUUAUGUAUAUUAUAUAAAUACCUUAAAGUGAAAGUGCUCUAUAUUAAACUACUUUUACUAGACUUGAAAUUUGUUCAGUGGUAUUGCUCAGAAUGAAGAUCAUCCAUCAUGAUUUACUGUUAUAUAUAAGAGUUUCCUGAGCCAGAAGUUAGAUGUUUUUAGGAAGCAGAAAAAUUCAGACCUAAGAGAGGGGAGGGAAGGGAUAAGAUAAAAAGUUAAGAACGAAAUUGCUGGUUCAUAUAAGAAACAGAUAAAACUAAUAAAUUGGAACUGGCAAACUAGGUGAAGUCAAGGAAUAUCAUGGAAACAUGGAUGCAUAUAAUCAGGAAGAGUAGCAAGUCAUUAAUUUGUUCAGUGGCUUUCAGUUAGGUUUAGCAUUAGAACAACAGAAUUUGACAUCAAAGAACUUAGAUUUUGUCUCAGCAGAAUUUAAUAAAAGAAAAUUGAGGUGAGCUAUAUCAAUUUAUUAGUAAGGUGAAAAGCUGUUAAUUAAGUGGUUCAAAUGGAUCCCUAGGCCAGUUAACUCAGGGGAGGAAGCAUAGCUCCUUUAUAUAAGUAUAAAACAAAGAAUUAGGUAAAUAAGGAAAAUAAUGCAACUGGCUACAAAGCAUCAUGGAGGAUUUUUUGUUUUUAUUUUAAUUUAUUUUGUUGAUGUCUUUUAUGUAUAUUGCAUUCAUUUCCCCCUCUUCUCCCUAGAUUGAAACAUUCUUGUAUGAGAAAAACAGUAUAAAAAUAUUUAAUUCAGGAUUCUUUUAUGGCAAAUUAUUCAGCGCUUUGCCCUAGUACUUCCUCAUAUUUCUGCAAUGAGAGAGAAGAUAGGGCUGUUAAAGUCUCUUUCUCCAUACUUCCUCCUGGGUGAUGAGGCCAGCAGGUGCUGUUUGAUAAACACAAAGACUGCUGCUUCCAGAAUAAGAACCCAGUGUCUGACAAAAACUUUUGGGAAUAGUGGAAGGCAGAGUGGCAGGAAUUAGAUAUAGAACAAUCUCAUUCCAUACACCAAAGAGUGACAUCACAAAUGUGUUAGAAGAGUAAAGAGGAAAUUAAUUUUCAGAUCUGUAAAUAGUAAAAUAGUUCAUGAACAAAAAGUAAAUAGAACAAUUUCAUUUACCAAAUUUUCUUUAAAACUUUGUACAAGGAGUAGCUAGUUGGCCUUAAAGUCAGGAGGAUCCGAGUUCAAAUGUGACCUCAGACACUUAAUACUUCCUAGCUG